AUCACAUGACGAUGCUCUGGGGCAAUAUAAUUAGAACAGCUAAAUGGAGGCUUGUUUUCUGCCUCCUCCACAUCUCGCCCGCUUCCUCUUUCAGUAAUAUAGCUUCCCGGUAAGUAAACUUCUGCUACUUCUAAAUCAGCACAGGAAAGUUGUUUUUCGUGGAGGUUCUUUGCCAGCGCAGAGGAUUUUCUUUCUGAUACAACAGCUCUUCUUCAAAACUAUUUCCCUGUAGUCCACCACAUUGCACAACGACAACGUUUAUCUUCGCUUAGUGUUAGUUGUAUUGUGUUUAGUUUUUUCAGUUCUGUUGUACUCGUCAAGGAAGAAGAGCAGUAUCGUAAAACAAAGUAAAAAGGCUGCAUAAAGAUGUUCAACAAAAUGCACUGUUUCCACCUGUUCCACCUCUCCUGCCUGGGGCAGGGCGUGGGGGCUGUGAGCUUGAGCAGUGCAGGUUCUUCGGCAUCCGCCUCCGCAUCCGAGGAACCCCAGAAGCCACUGCAUCUAUUGGACGCCGUGCGCCUUACGUAUUUCCACAGGUACCAGGAAACGCCAUCCCAGGAGGAGCUUGCAGCGGCGUAUGCGAAUCUGAGCGGAAUGGCGGUGCCUCCUCAGGCGAUUGGACUGUGGCACUGUGGGUUUCUCAACGGUUUUUUUAUACAAACCGAAAUCGCGAGCAACUGGGCAAAGGGAAUAGACGACCAAAAGGAACUGCCCCUGCCAAAAGCGCAGAAGGCAAUCCGGAGUCUCCUUCAAGCGUACGAAAUGCUCUCCCUGGCGCACGAGGUAGACGCUUCGCCGCCGACUGGUCCUCGUCGUGAUCGCACGUUGCCCUCCUACAUACGACAUGUCAAGUGCUUUCCCCGGAUCAACAAGAAACAAAAUGUUGUAGACGGACAGCUCCCGCGAGCAGGACGAGGUGAACAUGAAUCACCUCGUUGCCGGCUGCCGGAUGUUGGCCCCGAAGAUAGUACUAUUACCGCCUCGUCUUCUUCUAGUCGUGCUCCUCCCGGUCCUGCAAGUAGAGGCACAGUAGCAGCACCACAAAAACUGGGAGAGCUCUUUAGCUCAGACGCCAGAGCAUUGGCCUUCUUGGUAAAAAUUGACCCCGAAGAUACGGAUAGUCCGAGUGUGGAAGUGAAACGUUUGCUAGCGCGCGUGGAGAAAUUGCAGGCCGCGUUUGAAGAAUGGGAGGAAAAAGUUCUGAAUGAUGCCAGCCUGAGUUCCUCGGCGGAAAAAGACCAGCAGAACUUCUUCACUCGGAAAGGGGAGGACGAGUGGGAGAGCACCUUCUUUUGGUUCGAGUUCUGGCAGCUCCGGAAGAUUGCUGCUUGGGUAUGAAAGUGCACAUUCCGAACGCCCCCUCCACCUCAAGGAAGAUGAAGAUCCCCUCGUUUUUAUUGCUGUAUGGCAUCAACAAGCUCGAAAAUAUCAUCAUGAACAUCAGCAGUAGAAGAAGAACUACUUCUUGUUACCCCAAACGCCGAGAGGCGGCUUUUGCAUUAACGUGACGCAUUUUUGUUUUUCUCACACGACGAGUGUUGUCGUGCAGUUGGGCAGCACCCACCUGGCAGAAUCUGUAGUUUCGCGGCAAUCUUCGGUGCCACGAACAACUAUUGAAGGGUGUACAACCACUUAGCACGACUUCGCAUGACAGAUCGAUGAGGGGAGGUGACAGGGGCUUGGCGACGAGCUGUGCACGGUCAUAUUUGGAGAUGAAGCGCCUGAAAGAUGACCCACACAACUCUGAAGCGCUUCAUGACUUUUGGACCCUGUACGGGGGCGGCGCCUAUUCGACCCUUCCCACCUCAACGGCAAACGAGGGCAAGUGAACAAAUUCCACACGACGGAAAAGAUGCGCUGGGAGGUGGUGGUUGCAGAGGAAGUAAAUGGAAAGGGGUCGUGUAUCAUGUCUCUCGUGAUAUUGAUCAAGCCGGAGCAACAUCUGCACGUGCUCACGAGAGCAGAGCUUUUAGGCUACCUAGGUAUCUUCACCGAUGUGCUGGAAGCUUCGGAGUUCUAUCAUGGUCAAGCAGCAGCAGCCGUCUAACCUUCGGAAUGAUGCCCCAUAUCAUGAUGAAAAUGCCUCUACAUCUACACUAAGACAUGCGGAUCGUGUGUCUCGCACAUGCCUGAGUAGAGUGAGGCUGCGCCGCAGCUUCGCUGUACUUGUUGUCUCUACAGCACUAGUUCCUUCUUCGCGAUCGUGAAAAAGUUGUAUCUAUAUUGCAAAAUAUUGUACCGCUACCGGCACAGUGACAGUCAACAUCUGCACCAUCUCCACCACAAUCGCUUUCCAGAAAAGAAGUCGUAAUUAUGUAGGUGAUGAUCGAAAAAUUACAGGAAACAUAUUUGUUGAAACAGAGCUUACUCGUCUCAAAUGAUUUUUCUUUCGGAAAUCAUAAAUGGUUCGUUUUCUGUUUAGUUUUGGAAGUUUUGUUUUGUGCACGCUCUGAGCAUUUUUUUAUCAAAUCUUUACCUUUUGGAGCUGUAAACUAAAUUGUACUACUCGAAUGAAGCACGGUGAAGAGGACCACACAAGAAACAUCAAGAAACUGCAACUUCUAUUUAAGUAAAAGUAAUGGCCACGACAGCGGUCGUGGUUAUUUAUAUUUUCUCUAUUUGCUACUAUUUAUGAUCUCGAAGUUUUUCAUUUUUUGACGCCGUGCGGCAAAUGUGGAAAUCUACCGGUGCGUGAUCAACAUGCGCUGUUUUGGACGACAUUGCGUUACAUUCUACAAGCUAUCCUAGCUUAUCCUAGUGUAUGAUGAAGCCUGCUUGUCCUAGCCUGCUUGUCCUAGCUAUCCUGAGCCUGCUUGUCCUAGUGUAUGAUGAAGUAUAAGUAGCGAUGUGCUACAUUCCAGAGAGCAAAAGAAGAUUGCAGCUGCACCGAUAAAUUAUAGCGAACCGCGGCGGAGGAAACGCAGGCGAGCAGCUUCUUGUUGUAUUUGUGGUAAUUAGUUUAUGCUGGAGACAAAAGUCAUUCAGUGUCAACAUUUUGGAACGCAUUCCACAUCUACUCAUUAGUGUUGCUUCACUUCACGAGCACGACCUGCUUCUCGCCUUUGAGCCACCGCAACAUCACAUGCGCAGCAGUCGCAGAAGCAGCGUGGUCCUCGAGCACAAAUUUACUUUUAGCCGGAUCUAGUACUUGGACGUCGACGUCCGUUCGUGUUGGUGCUAUUUCUACGCAAAAAAAAAAGCAGGAAACAAGCUUUCCGCAGAAGGUCCGUCCGGACUGUCUUUGCCAGAGGAGGCAAGAUGUCGAAAACAAACGCGACGAUGAUGUCGCGAAAGUAGAGCAAGAGGCUCUACUUGAAACGGAAAACGCGCGCGAGGAAAGAACAUUGCUAUGAAAUAUUAAAUUGCUCCUGUAU